UUGUGUUCACGUCACCAUUUCGAGUGGGAGUUGAAGCUUCCUUUCGAAGCCGUACGCGUUCAUUCGUGAUAACGCUUUUGAGUUUAAAUCAAAACAAUAUUGCGAGCGUGUUCGUUUUUUAAAACAUAUUCAUUGUGUAAGUGUUUGUGGGGUUUUUUUGUUUGUUUUUUUUUUAUUUUAUUUGUGAAAGCGGACCUUGCUGGUUGGGGGAUAAAAAUGAGCGUAGAGGCGUACGGGCCGAGCUCGCAGACUCUCACCUUCCUGGACACGGAGGAAGCGGAGCUGCUCGGAGCCGACACGCAGGGCUCGGAGUUCGAGUUCACCGACUUCACCCUGCCGAGCCAGACUCAAACACAAGGCCAAACCCAGAGUCAGCUCGACAACCAGGUGAAUGGACCUGAGGGAGUUCUGCAGAACGGCGAUGAUGCUGUGGUGAAAACCAGUCAACUUCUGGCAGAGCUGAAUUUCGAAGAGGAUGAAGAGGACACCUAUUACACCAAGGAUCUCCCUGUGCAUGCCUGCAGUUACUGUGGUAUUCAUGAUCCUGCCUGUGUGGUGUAUUGCAACACCAGCAAGAAGUGGUUCUGCAAUGGACGUGGCAACACCUCUGGCAGCCAUAUUGUCAACCAUUUGGUGCGUGCCAAAUGUAAGGAGGUGACCCUGCAUAAAGAUGGUCCUUUGGGGGAAACAGUGUUGGAGUGUUACAACUGUGGCUGUCGCAAUGUUUUCCUCCUGGGCUUCAUUCCAGCCAAGGCCGAUUCUGUCGUGGUGCUCCUGUGCAGGCAGCCAUGUGCCAGUCAAAGCAGUCUGAAGGACAUUAACUGGGACAGCUCCCAGUGGCAGCCUUUGAUCCAGGACCGGUGCUUUCUGUCCUGGCUGGUGAAGAUCCCGUCUGAGCAGGAGCAGCUCAGGGCACGCCAGAUCACCGCUCAGCAGAUCAACAAACUGGAGGAGCUCUGGAAGGAGAAUCCAACAGCAACACUUGAGGAUUUGGAGAAGCCUGGUGUGGAUGAAGAGCCUCAGCAUGUUCUGCUGCGAUAUGAAGAUGCCUACCAGUAUCAGAACAUCUUUGGCCCAUUGGUCAAACUGGAGGCAGACUAUGACAAGAAGCUUAAAGAGUCCCAGACCCAAGACAAUAUAACUGUCAGGUGGGAUUUGGGACUGAAUAAAAAGAGGAUUGCUUAUUUCACCCUUCCCAAGACGGAUUCAGGUGACAUGCGUCUUAUGCAAGGGGAUGAGAUCUGCCUGCGUUAUAAGGGAGAUUUGGCUCCUCUCUGGAAGGGGAUUGGACAUGUCAUCAAGGUCCCUGAUAACUAUGGAGAUGAGAUUGCUAUAGAGCUGAGGAGCAGUGCUGGAGCUCCCGUGGAGGUGCCCCACAACUUCCAGGUGGACUUUGUCUGGAAAUCCACUUCCUUUGACCGCAUGCAGAGUGCCCUGAAAACAUUUGCGGUAGACGAGACCUCAGUGUCUGGUUACAUCUAUCACAAGUUGCUUGGCCAUGAGGUGGAGGAUGUGAUCAUUAAGUGCCAGUUACCCAAGCGCUUCACUGCCCAGGGCCUGCCUGACCUCAACCACUCACAGGUGUAUGCUGUGAAAACGGUGCUCCAGCGUCCCCUCAGUCUGAUCCAGGGGCCUCCUGGUACUGGCAAAACUGUUACCUCAGCAACUAUUGUUUACCAUCUGGCUAGACAGGGCAACGGGCCGGUGCUGGUAUGUGCUCCCAGCAACAUUGCAGUGGACCAGCUGACAGAGAAAAUUCACCAAACAGGACUGAAAGUGGUGCGUCUCUGUGCCAAGAGCCGAGAGGCCAUUGAUUCUCCUGUGUCCUUCCUGGCUCUGCACAACCAGAUUCGCAACAUGGACAGCAUGCCAGAACUGCAAAAGCUGCAGCAGCUGAAGGAUGAAACAGGAGAGCUGUCUUCCUCGGAUGAGAAGCGCUACAGGGCCCUGAAGCGCACUGCAGAAAGGGAGCUACUCAUGAAUGCAGAUGUGAUCUGUUGUACUUGCGUGGGUGCGGGUGAUCCUCGUCUGGCUAAAAUGCAGUUCCGCUCCAUCCUGAUAGAUGAGAGUACCCAGGCUACUGAGCCAGAGUGCAUGGUGCCUGUAGUGCUGGGAGCCAAGCAGCUGAUCCUGGUGGGUGAUCACUGCCAGCUAGGUCCAGUGGUCAUGUGUAAAAAGGCUGCUAAGGCAGGUCUGUCCCAGUCUCUUUUCGAGAGACUGGUGGUGCUGGGCAUCAGACCCAUCCGUCUACAAGUGCAAUACCGUAUGCACCCUGCACUCAGCGCUUUCCCCUCCAAUAUCUUCUAUGAAGGAUCUCUCCAGAACGGAGUCACAGCUGCUGACCGCAUCAAGAAGGGCUUUGAUUUCCAGUGGCCUCAACCAGAUAAGCCCAUGUUCUUCUAUGUGACACAGGGCCAGGAGGAGAUUGCCAGCUCAGGCACCUCCUACCUCAACAGGACUGAGGCUGCUAAUGUGGAGAAGAUCACCACUCGCCUUUUGAAGGCCGGAGCCAAACCUGACCAGAUUGGUAUAAUCACUCCCUACGAGGGCCAGCGCUCAUACCUGGUGCAGUACAUGCAGUUCAGCGGUUCCCUUCAUACUAAGCUCUACCAGGAGGUGGAGAUAGCCAGCGUGGAUGCCUUCCAGGGCCGUGAGAAGGACUUCAUUAUUCUGUCUUGUGUCAGAGCCAAUGAGCACCAAGGCAUCGGCUUUCUUAAUGAUCCACGCAGGUUGAACGUUGCCCUCACCAGAGCCAGGUAUGGUGUGAUCAUUGUGGGGAAUCCUAAAGCUCUGUCUAAGCAGCCACUCUGGAACCACCUGCUGAACUACUACAAGGAGCAGAAGGUUCUGGUGGAGGGGCCUCUCAACAACCUGAGAGAGAGCCUCAUGCAGUUCAGCAAACCUCGCAAGCUCGUUAACACCAUCAACCCUGGAGCUCGUUUUAUGAGCACUGCCAUGUAUGAUGCCAGGGAGGCCAUGAUCCCCGGCUCAGUGUAUGACCGCAGCAACACUGGUCGUCCAUCGAGCAUGUAUUUCCAAACUCACGACCAGAUUGGGAUGAUUGGUGCAGGGCCGAACCCUAUGGCCUCCAUGAACAUUCCCAUACCCUUCAACCUGGUCAUGCCCCCCCUGCCCCCACCAGGCUACCUGGGCCAGAUUAAUGGCCCGGCUACUGGUCGUGGUGCGUCAAAGGGAAAGCCAAGUGGGCGCGGAGGACGGCAGAGGAAUCGUGGCGUGGGUAACCAUGGCAGCGGGCAGACCAACAUGGCAAACAGCCAGGCCAGUCAGGAUCUGGUAUCUCAGCCCUUCUCUCAGGGUCCCCUGACCCAGGGCUACAUUACCAUGAGCCAGCCCUCACAGAUGAGCCAGCCAGGCCUGUCCCAGCCUGAACUUUCCCAGGACAGUUACCUGGGUGAUGAGUUCAAGUCGCAGAUGGAUGUGGCUCUGUCCCAGGAUUCCACUUACCAGGGUGAACGGGCAUACCAGCAUGGAGGAGUGACCGGACUCUCUCAGUACUAGAGUGUUGUUGGAACGGGAGCUAGGCCUACGCUGAGCUUAGUUCAUCAGCAUUUUAAAUCUGGGUAAAUAUAAAAAAAGAACAAACAUGGAUGCCCGUUUUCCACUGUUACAACUGAAGCACCAUGGUGUGAGAACAACAGGAGAGAAUCAAACCAAUCACGUGUGAAAAAAGAGGGAGAAAAGCAGGAUAAGAAAAGAGGGAACGAAAGAGAGUGGAGGGAGGAAACCACCCCACCACUCGCUAAGGAUGGGAAGGAGGAGAGAGGAGCAGACGCAGCAUAGGAGGAGACGAUGUAGGAGGGAAAUCAAACCGAGAUCUUCGAUCUGCAACUCCGCAUAGUCGAGGCGCCUCCUGGGGAGCAGGGCAGUCCCUUACCUGCCUCCUCUCUCUCGCCAGGCUGCAGCCGGCAGCCGCAGACCUCGCUCUGCCACCCGAGACGGAGAGAAGACGAAGUUCUCUUAAAACUACCUGCAAAAAAACGCCACGCUUGCUCUGUCGUCUCCACAAGCUGAAAGAUGAGGUGACGUCUUUAAAAAAAUGAUCAAAUAAAGAUAUUUUUUAAAAAAAACACUUUCAAGCAGCUGAUUUUGGGGAAAAUUUUCCCUUCAAAGUUGGAAUCUGACUUUCAGAUAUUACCACCAAACAUCUUUGAGAGGAUGGGGAAACAUCUGCGGCGGAGGGUUGUGCUUUUACGCAUUUUUUUUUUUAUUUUAUUUUAUUUCUUUUUUUUUUUUUUUCUUUUUUUUUUUUUUUUUUUGUGGUGGUGGUGGUCCCAUCUUUACAAAUGGUGCUAGGAGUCUCUGAAGAAAGAUUCAACUUUGAGGAAAGUUUUCUGAUUGAAGGUUGUGGAGUAGUGGUUCAGAAAUGGAAUGGCUCUGAGAGAUGUCGCCUGCUCUGGGUGUGUGACCAAUGGAAAAGAUGGGGAGUCUUAACAAAUGGCUUUGUGAUAUUUUUUAACAAAAUGGCAAACUGGAAGGGUUGAGAGAUUUGAAGUUUAUCAUUUUUUGCCUCACCAUUUUAAACAAAUUGUUUUGAACCCAGAUAAACAAUUGCAGCAGAACCUAAAUUUAGAGAUAGGUCAUUAGUGGCUUGUUGAUGUCUCUAUAUGGAAAACAUGAGGUCAUAGGUCCCCAAGAAAAUGAGCCAAAAAGCCAGUGGUCAAGCCACUAAAGUUAACCUGUCGCAUACCAUACGCUCACAGGACCGCUGGAGAUUGAACCCGGGGGGCUAAUACAAGUUUGAAAAGAGUUUAGAGAAUUAUCUCAAUCUGUAGGAAGAUUAAAGCGCUGCUCUCACGUUCAGCAGCAGUUCUGGCAAGUAGCAUAUUGGUUAUGGUCAGUUCCUCUGGCUUCAGUACCGGCAUUAAAAUCUUUAUGCUUCCACUACAGGCAGUGCUGCAAAACCAAGAUUUAUUUUCUAAAUCACUCCACCUAUUUAGUAAAAUUCAUAAUAAUGCACCACAUAUCAGAUUGAGUUCUUGAGUUAAAUUAUUCCUAUACAUGAGUUUGAGCCAUGAGUUAAAUACAGCCGAAAAUCACAAAAGUGGCCGUUUGUUAAAGGGUAAAGGGCAGACAGGUGGGAUUCUCGCUGUUUGUGUCCGUUUCCCACAAGCAGACUGAAAGAGGCUGCUGUACUCGUCUCUUGCUUACUUGGAUGCCAGUGUGUGCGUAGAUGGUAGUGUUCUGCUAAGGAGGUUGUGUAUGUGCCUCCAUAUUAAUUGUCUCUCUUGUUUUGUGAUUAAUAGUUUGUUUGUUUUUUUUUCUUCCCCCUUGUUGGUUGUUGAAGUUGCUUUUCCCCCUAUUUACUGUCUUUAUUAUUUUAACACCUAAUUGCAUUGUAUUUCAUUUCUGUAGUCUAGAUAUGAAUGUGAGGUGUACCACAUUAUCCACUUCAUGAUCUAAGACUAUUCAUAAAUUUCCUAUUUUUUUUUUUUUCGUUUCUUUCUUUUCUAAAGCUCUGCUCGUAGAAUGCUUUGAUGCAGCAACAUGUGAUGCCUUGUCAUUUUCAUUAACCCUGGAAUGUUCAUGCCUUGCAGUUAUUCCUUGCCUAGUGGCACAAUAGCUUGGCAUUACUACCUUUUUAGUCUUGGCUCUAAACUGGAAAAAAAAAACAAAACCAAAAAAAAAAAACCUUUCCCUAUUGGAGUUACAAUUGUUCAUUUAAAGCGUUUUGUUGUCUAAUGGAUUUAUAACAAAUUGCAAAAAGAUUUUGUCAUUUCUGACAUUCACUGCUUGUGUGCAUAGCGCUUUCAUGUUAUUUAUAGUUAUUCUCAUUGGUAGUAUCAAAGCUAAAUGUAGGCUAUACAUCCAAAAUUAAACAGGGAACUAAAUAUCCAGAACAUAGCUUCUUCAUGUUCUCAUUUUUAAAAAAUCAAUUCCUCUCCCCUGACUUGAAUGAUUUGAAUGGGUUCCUUUACUUUGGUGUACUUGGUAAGCAGAUACUGCCCAUAUCAAUAAUAAAAGUUUUUUUUUUCCUCUUUUUUGUGUGAUAUGGCCUAGAGCAACAACAACCUGAUAGAGACUGAUGAACACCCAUUAUACGGAGGUUGUUCGGGUGGUUGGAUAGACACUGUGUUUACUCACUUGAAUGCUAAAACUUCAGUACUCUGAUAUGGCCAUGUCAGACUCUCAUACUUAAUGACAGCCUGUUGAGAUUGCAAUCAGAAGAAAAUUACAGAGGGGACUAAUACUGACAAAAUAGAUGAAGUACCCUGACCACCCUGAGGGUAGGAAGACUUUAAAUUGAAUCAAAGGGUAUAAAAGACCAGAGAUUAAGUUUUCUUUAAUGGAAAUAUUUCCCCACAGUAUGUAAUUCUUGUAAUGUUACUACAAUAAAUGUUGCUUUAUUUCACUCAAGAAGACUGGUCGUUUGAGUAUGUAUUGUCUUCGAGUUAUUAAAUAUUCUAGUGAAAUGUAAAAAUCCUAUUUGAAAUGAGACCAUAAUUCUAUAAAAUUAGACCAAUUUUUUGGACUAAGAGUGUAGUAUGAUUUGAAACAUACUGUUGCAUUUCUUACAUCUGUCACAUGGUUUCAGCACUUCUCAUUACACUGAUUUGAUUUAGAAACUCGAAACAAGCAUAAGCUAGCUACCACUAUUGCCUAUGGUGUACAAAAGAUUGUAUACCCUUCAAAUCCUCAAGACUUUUAAUGUGGGUUAGACAAUUUUACAGAUGUUCGUUUCAAAAUGUGUAUGUCAAGAUAUUAAUCAUGUAAUUAUUAAACUUAUAUUUCUGAAUGUGUGUUAAAUGUUGGUCUCUUGCUGUUUUUGAAUCUUGGAGGGAAAAAAAUUCCUAUCUCCUGACUUUUGACUGUUUAUGGAAAAUUGCUUGAGUUUGAGAAUUGUGCUGUUUGAAUUUUACAUGAUUUAGAACGGCUUGUACCACCGCACUCUUGAAUUCUGGAUUGUAAUUUGUCAGAUUAAUUUUCUAUAGCAGCUGCUCUGAUGCUAGUUCCACCUGCAAGGCAAAUCACAGGUUUAUAAUAAUGCACUCAUUCUAAUGCAUUAUUGCUUCAGUAGUAACAGUGUACACAGGGACUUGUAUGGUGGAUGCUCCACACACAGGGUUAAAAAAAAAGCGUAAUUGUUUAUAUAGUGAAAUUUUUUGAGAGAUGUUCACUUGGCUUUUUUGGAAGGAUUCUCCAGCAUUGAGUCAUUGUAACAAUAAGAGGAAAAUAUCAAACAAUAUGACUUUUGCACUUUGCAGUUUCUCAGUAACAAGACAAGCUGCACUUUUUGUCUUAUUAACAUCACGAGAGAAAAAUAGAGAGGCUGGUGAAGGAACAACUAUUUACAGCUGCUGUAAUGCAAGUGAUAACAGGAACUAAGUUGUCUUGUGGACUUUCCACAACAUAUAGUGUAACUAUAGGUGAACUGAUGUCAUUUUUUACUUAAUAAAAAAUGUCUUUGUCAUUUUGAUGUGGUGUAAGAGGAAUACAGUACUUCAGGACUUGUUGUAGGACAGUGUUUCUCAGUCCUUGUCCUUUAGUACCCCUGCCCUGCACAUUGUGGAGUUUUCUCUCCUCGACUCAAGAACAUUGUUUUAUUCUUUACUUACUGAAUAUUGAAUUGAUACCAAGAGGACACUAGAGGGCAGGGCAGGACAGAUCCAAAACUGCAUAACACUAUAGUAAAUAAUAUGUCAAAUUUAUCCAUGAUAGGAUUGAAUUUCGCUAUAAACCGAUUAGUAUGGUGGGAAAACCGUGCGUCCGGAAUUAUGCCCUACUCUCUAUUCCCUGCAGCCAUCAAAAUGCAUUGCAGAUACUAUGUAGAAUACUCUCUAGGGCACAGGUUGCUAGACCUGGUUCCUGGAGUACCCCUGUUUUUCCUGCUCUAACACACCCACUUCAACUUAGGAAAAGCUGUUUAUUAGCUGUUGGAAUCAGGGAAAACACUCAAAUGUGCAGGACCUCAGAUCUCAAAAUGAGGUCCAGGGACCUGAAGGCUGGAGGUUUUUUUUUUUUUUGUUUUGUUUUUUCCCAUUACAAUGGUGGAAACCAUUAUCAGAGUUAUUAUAUUCAUUUAUUUUAGUUAUUUACCUAUUUUACUGGUCACUUGAAUUAUAACCCAAACUUCAAUAACUCAAAAACAAGUAGGCCUGCAAGUGUUUAAAAUCUAAUCAUAUUUUUAAUUUAAAAAAUGUGUUCUGUGAGUGAAGUUUGGGAAUGAAACUGGCUUUAACUAAUUAAUAGUCAAAAUAUUAUUGCACACAAUUAAAUAGCAAUCUUAAUGUUUGAGUAGUUGGAUUAAUAAAUCAUUAAUAAAUCUAUACUAAGGUGUUCCUGAUUGUGUAAAGUUUGAAAACCCUGGUCAGGGCGAUUUGGACACUACUGAGGCACUAUGGAAUUUCACAAGCGCACUGGAUAUUUUCCGUUAUGCUUUUGAAUAGUGUUACUGUUUACACUUACAUUUGGCUGACACUUAAACAGGAUACAACUGAGCAGUCAAGGGUUCGGGGCCUUGCUCAAGGGCCCAGCAGUGGCAGCUUGGUGAUCCUGGAGGGAUGGACUUAUCAGGUGACAUGGAGGGGGUCCACAUCUGCCCCAUGGAGAGAUUGGUAAAAGACCAGGCAACAUUUUUUCCAGUCUUGAACCUCCUAGUUUUGUUGAGCCUGUGCCUGCUGUAGCCUCAGAUUCCUGCUCUUGGCUGAGAGUAGAGGAACCUGAUGUGGUCUUCUGAUGUUGUGGUCCAUCUGCCUCCAGGUUUGAUGUGUUCUGAGAUGCUUUUCUGCUCACUACGGUUUUAAAGAGUAAUUAGUGAGUUAGUGUAGCCUUCUUGUGAGCUUGAACCAGUCUGGCCAUUUUCCUCUGACCUCUCAGCAGCAAGGUGUUUCCGCCAGCAGAACUGCUGCUCACUGGAUGUUUUUUGUUUUUCGUACCAUUCUAUGUAAACUCUAGAGAUUGUUAUAUGUGAAAAUCCCAGAAAAAUCAGCAGUUUCUCAAAUUUCUCAAGCCAGCCAGUGUGGCACCAGCACAUUUUUCUGGGUUCACAUUUUUCUGCAUUCUGAUGUUGGAUAUGAACAUUAAGCUCUUGACCUGUAUCAGCAUCUGCAUGAUGUUUAUGCACUGCUUUGCUGCCACGUGACUGGCUGACUGGGUAACUGCAUGGAUGUGCAGGUGUACAGGUGUUCCUGAAUUAUGUGCAAGGUGAGUGUAUAUGGAGAAGGUUGCGACUAGUGUGAGAUUUGGGACGCAGCCCGAUAAAGCGUCCUCUUGCGGGCUCGCGCCCUCGCCGCUGUCCGUGCAGCAGGUGGCGCACGCGAGCGCCUUUUUUUAAAAGCCCAGCGAGUACGGAGGCAGCGCGUGACACCGGCACUGUGCCGCGGCGGCUCGCGCUCGGCUGUAAACGGAAGCGGCGGCGACGGAAGCGCGUGACAGAUCGACGGCCCCCUUUUAACGAGUUGCCAAGUGGCGCGGCGCGGCGUCGCGAGCGAGGAGUUGGACAGCGAGGCGCGUGCACGCUGAGCAGAAAGCGGCGAGAGUUUUGCGGCUGUCCGCAAGGUUACCGAAGUGCAGGCAAAGAAAGAAAGAAAGAAGGAAGGGGAAACAGGAAGGGAAACUCCACACAGGAUGUUCAGUACCCCUCUGUCCCGUGUUUUAACGGUUUUAGUUUAAAGUCUCGUGUGGAGCUGAGAGAGCAGGCUUUCCGGUCCUCUCCCGGUAAUUCCGGGACGCAUCCGCACGCGACUCGAGGGAUACAGGACUCUCUGCGGUUUCUGCACUUCCCUCACUCCACAGGGGGCAAUGAGAAUUCCUGUCUUUUUGCAUUGACAACGAAAUGGG